UUUACGUUGAAAUUAUAUUGAUUCUCUAUUUGGUCUGCAUUCUGAUUAGUUUUUUUUAAAGCAGAAAUGGAUCCCUUCGUUUUAACUCUCAUCGAUAAUGAUAAUCUACCCGACGACCGGUGGUAUCUGUGCACCAAAUGCUUUCAACGCUUCCUGUGGGUCGAUCUCUCGCCGCGGCAGCUUUGUUGCCGUCGCUGCCGCCUUCCAGAAAAGAAUUGCGCCAUCUGUGACAAAUCAUUCGAGCCAUCGAAUCGGGAGCAGAUGUACUGCAAGCGCUGCGACUACUUUCUGAUGCAGCACGCUGCCGUCAAGCCACCACCGAUUCCAAAGAAAAGCGAAUUGCCGCAGACACAAGAGGAGCAGUCGACACGGCGUGUCGCCUCGGUCACUGAGCGUUGGAGGGAAAUCCAGUGUGCGGCAGGUCUUUUGGAUGAUGUCAAUUUGAGUGAUUGAAUAAACCCCAUGUUCUCGAUGGGGACUGAUC